GGACUAAAUUCACUGUCACACUGCUACUGAAGAUAACGUUUAAAACUUGCAAGCCUUUAAACGUAGGAAAUCAUAGCUGUCACACUUAGCAACAUUUCAUGUUUUUUGGGUGAAUAUGGUAUGAGGACGAGAUGGACGAGAUUCCUGACGAAAAUGGUCCCCCUCUUCUUCUUCCCUCUCUGCGUCUCUUCAUUCCACCACUGCGGCUUGUCUCUGCAGCCAUGUGGCAAGUGGUUCAGCGAGGAGACGUUCAAGAUUAUGGGAUGCUGGAGGAGUUUGUCACCACGUUGACCGACAUUGUGCCAGAGCUUUUGAGUUGCAGUCAGAGGGCCCAACUCAUUCUGGGGCUUCGAGCAAGGAUGGUUCUGGAGUUGUGUCGCACUGAGCAGACAGCAGACCAAGACAUUCAGCAACACCUGGCCAGGAUCCGAAGCCUCAUAUCCACUGGGGAAGCAGAGUCAAGUGAUGCAGAGGUGGAAUUAUCUGAAUCAAACUUUGUAGAGCUGGUUGAAUCUCUGCUGAAAGACCCAAGUGAAAGGGAGAACUUUUACCAGGACGUGUUCCCUGUGGAAUUUGGGCCCAAGUAUGACACUGCAAUACAGAUGCUGAUGUUAGAAUUCCUUUCCAGACUGGAGAAGUUACUUCCCCUACCAGACCUUGAACAGACUGCCUCCUUGUUAAGUGCUGUCCCCUCUGCCCUGGAGAAAUGUGUACAGUUUGUACCUGACCCCAUACAAUUGAGGACCCUGCUCCAGUACCACAGAAAACUUGGACAUUUGGACUCCAUCCGAACUCCAUCGUCCUUUGGUGACUUCAUCCUCUCCUCUCUGUCUCUUCCUCCAUACGUGCGAGUGGUGACUGCCCCAGAUGUAGACUCAGAUACACAAUCAGAAGGCAUGAAUUUGGAGGGAAUGGAAGCAAGAGAGUUGUUGGAGAAUCGGACAAAGGAAAUCGAUGUACUAGUCCCAGCAGAUGAAGUUAGAAGAUACAUAAUUACUGAGCCAGAUUACGGUAUGGACAUGGAGUCUGCCGUUGGGGAAAAUGUCAAUCAAGCUGUCACUGGCUUGAAUUUACUCAGACCAUCACAAUUCAAACGAAGCAAAAGGCUGCAGAUUAAGGAAAUGUGUUCAAAAGGUAGAAAACCUCAAACUGGGCUUGCAAACAGACAGCCAUCAUCCUCCAAGGUGUGUCCUUCCCCAAAGAAGUCAUGCAGAAGAGGACCAUUCAGUAAGACAUGUGAAGUGUGUGGAAAGACAUUCACUCGGGUUGCAGCCAUGAAAAGGCAUCAGCUAACCCACACUGAAAAUCUCAAAUUUAAGUGCCACAAAUGUGAAAAAUUAUUCUCGGAUGGUCAAAGUCUGAAGAGACACCAGAGGCGAGUUUGUGAAAAGGAGCUAAACAUGUUGCAUGAAGAUAAAAAUGAGGAAGAGAUCCCACAACCCUCAACUAGCAAACCUCAGAGCCCAUCACUCCUGAAGACUCCCUGUCCACCAGGGCCAUCUCAUCAAGGAACUCUGGACACUAUCACAGCCACUAACACAUGCUCUGUGUGUGGGAGGUUUUUUACUCGUACAUCAAGCUUGGUGAGGCACAUGAGCUCCCACUCAAAAGAGCGUCCAUUUAGGUGUGUCAAUUGUGGUAAGAGAUUCAAGUAUUCAUACGAUUUUAGAAAACAUCAGGGAGAAUUGUGUCAGAAAGUGACCCAGGGAGAUUUGUGUCAGGAUGUUGAUCAGAACAUGGCACAACUAAAGAGUGGCCUGCAACCAGAGAAGGUUUUUCUUGCCACUGCAGAGAAUCGCACCCAGGUAGAUUCCAAAACCUGUUGUGUCUGUGGUAAGAUUUUGACUUGUACCUCACAGAUGGAAAGGCACUUGAAAUCUCACUCAAAGGCACGUCCCUUUCAUUGUGCUAUUUGUGAGAGAAGUUUUAAGUACAAAGACUCUUUGAAGAAACAUCAGGAAAUCCUUGGACACGAGGGCAUCCUAGAAGACUUUGAUCUGAGUGUGGACCAGCAACAAGCGGAAGUUAACACAGAGAGUUGCAGCAGUCCUCUCACUACCAAGGAAAACGACACUGAGCUCCUUAUCAAGGCUUUUACUCCGGCGCCAACUGCCAAAGAACACGCAUGCACUGUGUGUGGGAAGAUUUGGGACUGUGCUUCUCAUUUAGCUACUCAUAUGAGAUCCCAUUCAGAAGAGCGUCCUUACCAAUGUGUCAACUGUGAGCAGCGUUUUAAGUACAAGCAAAGUUUGAAUCAACACCAGAGAUAUAUCUGUAAGGUGAACCGAGAAGAGUCCUCUCAGAUGGUAGGCCAGCACCAAGAGGAGGAGUCUAGUGAACUGGUGGCUGUUAAGGCUGAUACCCCAGAGACAUCUACCAGUCGACUACAACUGGUUCACUGGUGUAAAAAAUGUGGAAAGUGUUUCGAUGACAUCUGUAAUUUGAAGCAACACCAGGAAAGUUCAUGCAAAGAGGAAAAAAUAAAGGUGGUCUUCCAAUGUGAAAAAAGAAAGGUGGUCUUCAAAUGUGAUGAUUGUGGGAAGGACUUCAAAGGUUCUUCAUCCCUAAGGACACACAAGCGAAUUCACAACCCAUUCUAUUGCUCUGAUUGUGGAAGGGUCCUCCCAAACUCCAUUGCCCUUGACAGACACAAGCUGAUGCAGCACAAGGAAUUCCAGUGUACCAUGUGUGAGAAGACCUUUACCCUGUUGGGGCGUCUGAGAGAACACUAUCUGCAUCAACAUAAAUUCACAGGACCAUACCCCUGCUCUCAAUGUGAGAAAACCUUCACUCAGUUAUCAUACCUUGUCAUCCACGAGAGGGUUCAUUCAGGAGAGUACCUGUACCAGUGCUCUGUUUGUCAAGCAAAGUUUAAUUCAGCAAAUUCUCUAACGAUACACAGUAGGAAGCACACAGGAGAAAAGCCGUUCCUGUGCUGGCAGUGUGGAAAGAGCUUCAAGGCUGCUGGAGAACUGUCAGUGCAUAUGGGGACCCACUCAGAGGAGAGACCAUUUUCCUGUUCGAAGUGUGACAUGUCCUACAGAACAAAACUUCAGAUGAAUUCACACAUUGAACAAGUUCAUGAGGGGGUGAGAUACCCUUGUACAAUCUGUGGAAAGCAGUUUUACAAAGCUGUGUCAUUGAAAAGACACGAACUCACUCACACAGGAGAAAGACCAUUUCCAUGCUCCUAUUGCACAAAAACCUUCAUCACUGCUAAUGAAAAAAGGCUGCAUGAAAGAUACCAUACUGGUGAGAGACCAUACAAAUGUCAAGACUGUGGAAAGUCUUUCAUUCAGUCAGGUUACCUGAAAUCUCACCGACGUCUUCACACAGGAGAGAAGCCAUUUGCAUGUAGCUUUUGUGAUAAAAGUUUCAGAUUGUCUUAUCAUAGGUUAAAACACGAGCGAACCCAUACAAAAAAAAAUAAGCCACAUGUGUGUGGAGAAUGUGGGUUAGCUUUCGCUCAAAAAAAGCGCCUGACUGAACACCUAUGCACUCACCCUGGGAAUUAAAAUAUACUUUUUUUUUUUUUUGGAACUCUGAUGUUCCUUUUUAUUUUGUAUGAAUUUUAAGACGGUACAGCAGGGAAAGUAGUGAGGUAGAAGGAAAGUAGGGGCACAGACAGAAGGGCAGGGAAGGAGUUUGAACCCUCGUCACCAGGUAUAUGUGGACCGGACUCAAAAGCAUUACCACUCUGACAUUUGAGUUCUUGUUGUGUACUGUAAUAUGUAUAUAUAUUAAACAACACUGGUUUAACACCUUUUUUUUAAA